AUGUCUCAUCACCAAGAACUUCUCAAAUGGUUCAAUGGUCUCUACUCUCGCACGCUCGAUUUGGUCGGCGACUACGCCGGAGACGAGCUAUUCAUCAUCGAAGGUGACUCUCUGCUGCUGCACUGUCUCUCAGACGACAAGCUUGACUUUUCUACCGGGUUCCAACUCCUCCAUGCGACGUAUCUGGUGGAGAGGUUUCUUGCCCAACUUCAUCAGCGAAAAUGCAACUUCCAUAUCAUCUUCUUUGCCAGGCAUGCUCGAGCCUGUGUACCUCCCCAUGCAACUGCAGAUUCAAAACAAAAGUAUCUGGUCGCGCGCGAAGCUAUCUUUCAGCAUCUGAGCCGGCAUCUAACAGAUUCAGCGUCUUCCAUCCAGGUGCACUCGUUUGACACGUUCGACUCUUCAAAUUUCAAGACGUAUCUUGCUUCCGUCGGUGUCUAUUUUCUGAUGUGUCACGAUGGAGCGUUCUCUCGACUUGGACUUCUUGAUGAAGGAGUGAAAGCCGAUGAAGAUGUUAAGGACGCGAUCUUGGACGAAGAUGACAGUGACGAUAGCUCCAUAUCUGACCCGAUCAUCGCUAGCCACUCGUCAGAGGUGUGGAGUACCAGCAUUCUGUUCCGCGAGAUGAUCCACUGGUUUGUCUCCAACGGAUACAACGUAGCGUUGAUAAGCAUGCUCGAGUGCCGAGACACAAAGGUCAUGGCAACGAUCUUGGAGGGCUCAGCACGAGCCGCAAAGAACAUCUUCGGCACUUCUGAGGAUGAUUUGGAGAAUUUUGAAGAUGACUCCGCAGCGGACACCAGGCAAUCCACGGGCUCCACAUCAUCGAAUUCCAAUACUGGGCCUCCUAAUACCGUUGAUGAGAUCUUGCCCGAUCUUAUAACUAUCAUGGUCGAAGCUGGUCUUCGUUUAAGCAAACGAGAGAUGGCCAUGCUACUUACAAUCGGUACCAUGUUCAGGUCUGGGUACUCAGGCGAAGACGACAUUCUUCCCGCUCGAGCGGUGGUGCUGCAUGUUGUCGUUAUGUCUGAAUGCCGACUACACGAGAGAUCUACUAACGCAGUGAGCUCGAACCGAGGCUCCUCAUUCCUUGUUCGCUUUGUGAACAUUCUGUACCAUGUCAUAACCUCGCGACACUGGCAAGGCAGUGUCAGGAAAGCCAUAUCGCCUUGUAAUGUAGCUGACAUGCUGGAUGGAAGGCUCUUUCUUCAGAUUUUUGACUUACUGGCACAUGGCGAUGGGUAUCUUCACCUGAGUUCCUCGAUCCUCAAUAGAUUUAGCCAACUUGCAUCUUUUGUAAAGGGCAUAUGUGGUGUUGACCUGCAAUGGGAGCCGUCAGCCGAGACCUUUGCAGUCGGUCACGAACGUACGCAAUUCUCGAACUCCAUUCACGGCAACAAUACAAGUCAAAGUCAAUCGAUGGAAACCCUGGAGACAAGCCUGAAUAGUCUAUCCACUGUUCUCCCGUUCAGCAACCCCGUCGUGAGCUACCACCUUGCCCCCAUAUCAAUUACUGUUGAGGAGUCAUCCGAUAGAGAGCUCGGUUCGGGUAUGUCAAGAACAUUCCAGGAAUUGACCCAUUGGCACAAUCACAAAAGACCCCUUAACAACAAGAUCAAAAUUCCUUUGACGAUAAGGCAACUUAGUUUCCUUAAUCGCCGCGAUCAACGGUUCAUGGCCGAGAUCCGAGAUUACGCUGCCAGUCUGACAAAUCCCAGAGGUGGGACAUUGGAGCCAGAGUCCGUCUUUGUAAAGUCUGCAUCAAAUAGGGAUGGCAAGCCUGUUAGAACAACUCCAUCGAGCCUCCCCAAGAAGCAAGUCCCGGCAAAGCAAGGUGCUGCACAGCCAUCGAACAAAUCGAAACCAGGAACUUCGAAUGUUAGGGCUCAGGCUGAAGCUCGUCAGCGAUCCAAGCGGGCUGAGAACCAUGAGGCAUACCUGAAUGCUUGGAAGAACAUGGUCAAUACAUUUCAGAACGAGGCUAAUCACAUCAAGCGCUACAUACAAGUGAAUCAAUACCUGAAAGGUCUAUUAAACGACCGCCGAGAAGUUGUCGAACCAGAGAUUCUAGUCUAUCUCAUGGACAUUUUGAUUCGUCUCUGGCUAGACGAGUGCAAAUCUAAUCGGAAAGCCAAUUCUCUGCACAUAGCGGCGCUCAUUUGGCAUACAAUCCUUCAAAUUCAGAAAAAGCAAGUUGUCACCGAAAACAUCGCAAAGUGUGUCAACGAUACCAUCAGGACGUUGAAUCUCCCAGCCAUCAGUGUUCCAUGUGAAGGCAAAAGACCCCUUUCUUUCUCAUUUGUGUCGCUCUCUUCUUCGAAGACAAAUUUAAGUAUUGAGUUCUCCCCGAUUGAUUUUCAGCUAACCCAUGCUGGUCCCUAUUUGGACCGUAGCAUGGGAUCUGCGCCAGAUCCUCGCGUGCAUGAUUUCGAGCCAGACCAAUGGCAGCGGGAGAUUCUUGACCAGAUUGAUGCGAAGAAGAGCCUGUUUGUUGUGGCACCCACUAGUGCUGGGAAAACGUUCAUAUCAUUCUAUGCAAUGAAGCAGAUUCUCGAAGAAAGUGACGACGGUAUUCUCGUCUACGUCGCUCCCACAAAAGCUCUCGUAAACCAGAUUGCUGCUGAGGUACAGGCUCGAUUCUCGAAGAAAUUUUCUCACGACGCCGGAAAGUCUGUUUGGGCAAUUCAUACCCGUGACUACCGCAUCAACAACAGCGCGGGCUGUCAGAUUCUGAUAACUGUGCCGCACAUUUUGCAGAUCAUGCUUCUGGCGCCUUCAAAUGCCGAGUCAUGGUCAUCACGAGUCCGGCGGAUCAUUUUCGAUGAAAUCCACUCCAUUGGUCAAGCCCAAGAUGGAGUCGUCUGGGAACAGCUCCUUCUCCUCGCACCUUGUCCCAUCAUCGCAUUAUCUGCGACAGUUGGCAACCCGCAGGCUUUCAGCAACUGGCUAACCCUCACUCAAGAGGCCAAUGGGAAUGAACUCAAGAUGAUUCAACACAAGACUCGCUAUUCCGAUUUGAGAAAAUAUGUUUACAAUCCUCCAGUUGAAUUUGCGUUCAAUGGCCUAUCGGCCCCCACUCAGCUGGCCUCACUUGGACUUGAUGAUAGCCCCAAUAUGACUUUUAUGCAUCCUGUCGCAAGUUUGAUUGAUAGGUCCAGAGGAAUACCCGAUGAUCUGACACUUGAGCCACACGACUGUUUAGAGUUGUGGAGACUUAUGGAGAAACACAAGACCGAUGGGUUUCCGGUUGAAUCCGAUCUCAACCCUGCGAAUGCCUUACCGAAGAUCAUAGUGAAAUCCGAUGUGAUUCGGUGGGAGGCUCAUCUGAAAUCCGCCUUGAGCAGCUGGAUGAAGGAUCCGAAGUCGCCGUUUGAUAACGUGUUGAGCGAGCUGUCAGGAAAUUUACAUAACAGAAUUCAGCCACCGCUGCAAGUCUCCUCGACAGAAGGUCCAGGAUCGGAUACUGUUCGCACUGUGAGAGCAAGUAGUCUUCUUGAUACUACCCUUCCACUCAUCUGUUCCGUACAUGAACAAGGCGCCCUUCCAGCAAUUCUGUUUAACUACGAUCGGAGUCAGUGCGAGAAACUAUGUGAGCACCUUCUCGCCGAGCUACAAGAAGCAGAAAAGCGCUGGAAGCUUUCGAGUCCCACUUGGAAAAAGAAGAUAGCCGGGUGGGAGGCGUGGAAGAAAGCUGAAGACAAACGGGUCAAAACCAAGACCAAAACCAAGACCAAAAAGAGUAAGAAGUCUAGUAAAGACGAGGAUGAGCCUAUGUCAAAAAUGGAGAGGUUGCAAGAAGCUGCGUCAGGAGAGUCAAGUCUGUACGAGUCGUUCGAUCCUGAUGAGCCGGUUGCUGGCUUUCAUCUAGCAGAUAUGAAAUGCCUUUCACGAUCAAAGUUCGACGCAUAUGUCAAAGAGAUGCGAAGGCGAUCUAUCCCUGAGUGGCUCAUUGAUGGCUUGAAGCGUGGAAUUGGAGUUCAUCAUUCGGGAAUGAAUCGCAAAUACCGCCAGAUGUGCGAGAUCCUGUUCAGGAAGGGCUAUCUCCGCGUGGUCAUCGCGACCGGAACAUUAGCUUUGGGAAUCAAUAUGCCGUGUAAAACGGUGGUUUUCACUGGUGACUCGGUCUUCCUGACUGCGCUUGGAUUUCGUCAAGCUGCUGGUCGAGCCGGUCGCCGUGGCUUCGACUUUCUCGGAAAUGUUGUUUUCCAAGGUAUCUCGUAUCCCAAAGUCUGUCGACUGCUGAGCUCCAAGCUCCCCGACCUCAACGGUCACUUUCCUGUCACGACUAGCUUAGUUCUGCGUCUUCUGAUCCUACUCACGGAGUCUGGCCAUUCUUCAUUUGCCGUUCAGGCGGUCAAUUCAAUUUUAUCGUCUCCCAGAAUCUACCUCAGCGGCCCAGAAGCAAAGCAUACGGUUCUACACCAUCUUCGCUUUUCGAUAGAAUACCUGCGACGAAACCAACUGCUCGACCGGAGUGGCUCGCCAUUGAACUUCGCAGGCACGAUAUCCCAUCUUUACUAUACCGAGAAUUCGAGCUUCGCAUUUCACGCUCUCUUGAGCAGGGGAUAUUUCCAUGAGCUCUGUGAAGAUGUCCACCACAGCCCUGAAGUUGUCACGCGCACAUUGAUGCUUGUGAUGGCACAUAUCUUCGGUCGACGCUACCUUCCUCGAAAGACAAUCGAACACCAUAAAUCUGAUGGCAAGCACUUGCCGUCAGUUGUUUUUCUUCCGAACUUGCCUAAGGCAGCGGCCAAGGCCAUCCGAGCUCACAACAAGUCUACCUUGGAUAUCUACACAACAUACGUGACCACAUUCAUCAAGCAGCAUAUCAAAGACCCAGAUUGCACACUUCCUCUGACAGGCCUCAAACAGGGCGGAGACAGAUCCCCCGCUGACCUUUGCCCCUCUCUACCAGUUCUCCCUCCGACUCUUGUAAACUCCUCGUUCGUUGCCCUCUCUGGCCACCGCGACACCUGGUCCAGCAUCUCUGAGCUUUGUAAAAUGGUCCGCGGCGGCGUCUGGCUCGAGCAAUCCAUCGUGCCAUAUGUGCCCAUCGAUCCCGAGGACAGUCAUGCGCCACUAAACGCCUACCUCUACGACUUCUUCAGACAUGGGAACGUGCACGCGCUCGAACAUGGGAACAUGGUUCGCAAAGGCGAUAUCUGGUUCGUUUUGAAUGAUUUCUCGCUCGUCUUGGCAACUAUUGUGACGAGCUUUGAGAACUUCUUCAAGCUGGCGCCGAACACCGAUCCAGAUAUUUUGGACACACGAGGAUGCGGGGAUGCAUAUGAUGACGAACUUGACAGCGAAGAUAUCGAGGCGGGUAAUCUGACACCCGAGAACUCGUCGUCGAGUCAUCAGCAGAUGACUCAUGGGAGAGGCCGAUCUGCCAACGCGUCUGGGAACUCUGCUCCGAUCAAACCUACAAAGUCGAAAAUCCCUGAGAGCUGGGACGAUGAACUCAGUGACGAAGAAACUUCCGAUAACCUAGAACAAGGCUUUCAUUCUUCGAAUAGCCCGUCCGGUAGCUCGGUACCGAAUUCUGGGACGGGUGACUCACACUCACAAAAUGGGGUCCUUGAGGAGCAGCGACUGUUGAAAGUUCUGAAGGGGUUCAGGUUGCUUCAGGCUGAGUUCAAUGACAAGUUCAGAGCCAUGUGGGCCUAA